AUUGAAGAGAUCGAAUCGAGGUUGGGGUUCCUUUCACGUGUCGGCCUUGAAUACUUGACGCUGGAUCGGUCGGCGGGGUCUUUGUCCGGCGGCGAAGGACAGAGGAUCCGGCUCGCUACUCAAAUCGGAUCGGGACUGAUGGGAGUCCUCUACGUAUGUGAUGAACCAUCCGUUGGAUUGCAUCCCCAUGACGGCGAUCGGCUGAUCGCGACGCUGAAGAGCCUGAGGGACGUCGGGAACACGGUGUUAAUCGUGGAGCACGACGAGGCCGUGAUGCGUGCCGCCGACCAUAUCGUCGACCUGGGUCCGGGCGCUGGCGAACAUGGUGGGCAUGUGGUGGCGGAAGGCGAUAUUGAAGCCAUAAUGUUGACCGAAGGGUCGAUCACUGGGGAGUACCUAAGCGGUCGGAAGGAGAUUGCGACGCCCAAAGAGCGACGCAAGACUGGGAAGCCGGCAAUUAAGGUUCUGGGGGCUCGGGCGAACAACCUGAAGAAUGUGAAUGUCGAGAUCCCUCUCGGUGUAUUCGUGUGUGUGACCGGAGUAUCAGGAUCGGGCAAGAGCACGUUGGUGAACGAAAUCGUCCUGAAGCGUUUGGCACAACAUUUCUACCGGGCAAAGGAUCGGCCCGGUCCCCACGAUGACGUAUUUGGUUUGCCGUUGGUUGACAAGGUAAUCAAUAUCGAUCAAUCGGCGAUUGGCAGAACACCCAGGUCAAAUCCAGCGACGUACACGGGCGUAUUUACACCGAUCAGGGAUCUGUUUGCGUCGAUGCCAGAAGCUCGGGCCCGAGGCUACACGCCGGGUCGAUUUUCGUUCAAUGUGCGAGGCGGGAGAUGCGAAGCGUGCUCGGGAGCAGGGUAUACGCAGAUCGAGAUGCAGUUUUUGCCUGACGUGACGGUUCCGUGUGAGGUUUGUGAAGGUGCGCGGUACAACCGCGAGGCGUUAGAGAUACUGUUCAAGGGCGCGUCGAUCUCAGCCGUGUUGAACAUGACGGUCACAGAGGCGCACACGCUAUUCGAGAACAUUCCGACUAUCGCGAACAAGCUCCGAACGUUGAUUGACGUAGGACUUGGAUACAUACACCUGGGGCAACCAGCCACGACGCUUUCGGGCGGUGAAGCGCAAAGGAUUAAAUUGGCUUCUGAGCUGUCGAAGCGGAGCACCGGCCAGACGCUAUACAUCUUGGAUGAACCUACCACCGGCCUGUCGUUCGACGACGCGGACAAACUGUUGACCGUGUUGCAUCGGUUAGUGGACAACGGCAACACCGUGUUGCUGAUCGAGCACCACCUGGAUCUGAUCAAGAACGCUGACUGGAUUAUCGAUCUGGGUCCCCAUGCUGGGGACGACGGCGGUGAAUUGGUUGCAGUCGGCACUCCAGAAUUCAUCGCUUCGGUCGACGGGUCUUUCACAGGUAUGUACCUGCGUGACAUCUCUGGCAUUGUGCCGGAUGAAACUGCCGAGGGAUCGGAUGUCUCCGAAUCCGGUGACAAUGGCGUGCAAAACGCGGGACUCAAAAACGGUCGCGCCGAAAUCAAGAUCGCCGAUAUCUUGGAUGGGCACCAAGAUCUAGGUGUAGCGUCCAAACCAUCAAGGAAUGGUGCAAGGACAAGAGGUCGGCGCAGGCGCCGGCGACCCGCAGGGCGCAGAAGUUGA